CACGUAAAUUGUUUCUUUUGCGCUCAAGCUCAAAUGAUGCCAUCCUUCACAAACAACCAGACCUACGUCAAAACAAUAUUCUAGUUGAGGUUGUUAAGCUUACCUUGAGAUCAUCAAAAUACUGAUUCUCACAAUUGGCUUAAUAAUUCAACUAAGUAUCACCAAAUAAUAAAGGAAUUAUAUACCCAAAAAAAAGAAGAAGAAAAAAAUAAACUAAAAAAAUACGAAAAAUAAUAUCAUUCAAUACAUUCUAGAUUAGAACUUUAAAAUAAACCACAACACACCACAAUCUUUCCAUCAUGCAACUCACCGCUAAUAACUUGUAAUUGUGAAAAAAAUAGAGAAGAGUUGUAAUUGUAACACUAUCAUCAUUCUGAUGUUUCUAUCUAUCUUGCUCUCAUAGUCCCAAAAAAACUCUACUUAGCAUAAAAAAAUUAAAAUUUUGAUUCAAUGAAUUGUUUCAGUAAAUCAUGUUGAGACGAGUCAUUUGGGUUGUUAUAACUCGUUUGGAAAAUAAUGUAAUAAUUGAACGGUGAUGUAAUUGGAACAACUUAAAAUGAAUUAAUUUAAAUACCGUCUUAUCUAAAAUAAUUCAUCUUAAUAAACUCUUAUUUUUCUCUUUUUAUUAUAAAAUACCACAACAACAACAAAAAAAAAACUCGUAUCAUUCAUCAUAAUAAAAAAGGACUCAUAACUCAUAAACGUCACAUCUAAAAAUAGACAUAAUUUGAUCCCUAAAUAUUAGAUAUAUAAAAUUACUCAUCCAAACAAACAAAAAGAAAAAACAAAUAAUAUUCUAGCAGUCUACCCUAGAAAGAAAAAAAAAAAAGUCCCCCCCACCCAUCUAUUUAAAUGCACCGCUUUCCCUCUUCCACUCCUCAGGAAAUCCUCACACCUCUCUGGUUCCUCAAGCACAGUUUUCCUCUCCAUUCUCCUCUGCCUCCUCCAGAACAACUCAAAACCUCCCGUUUAGUUUUUUCCUCCCUCUCGCAAAACAAAAAAAAAAACGGUAUCAAACAUGGCGGCAGCAGCAACCACAGCGACACCGAUUGCUCUGAACGGCCACCACCACACCAAUGGCUCCUUGGACAGUUUAUGCCUGCCCGCCACCGCCACCGCCACCGCCAACCUUCCCAGUGACCCGCUGAACUGGGGCGCCGCCGCGGAGGCCAUGAAAGGCAGCCACCUAGACGAGGUCAAGCGCAUGGUCGGCGAGUACCGUCAGCCUUCCGUCAAACUCGGCGGCGAAACCCUCACCAUCGCUCAGGUCGCCGCUAUUGCCAGCGCCCGCGAUGUCACGGUGGAGCUCGCCGAGUCCGCCAGAGCCGGCGUCAAGGCCAGCAGCGACUGGGUUAUGGACAGCAUGAGCAAAGGAACCGACAGCUACGGUGUCACCACCGGAUUCGGCGCCACUUCUCACCGGCGAACCAAACAAGGCGGCGCCCUUCAGAAGGAACUCAUCAGGUUCUUGAACGCCGGAAUCUUCGGCAACGGCACCGAGAAAUCCCACACUCUGCCUCACCCGACCACAAGGGCGGCGAUGCUCGUCAGAAUCAACACUCUCCUCCAGGGCUACUCUGGAAUCCGAUUCGAGAUCCUGGAAGCCAUAACCAAGCUUCUCAACAGCAACAUAACCCCGUGCCUUCCCCUCCGCGGCACCAUCACCGCCUCCGGCGACUUGGUCCCCUUGUCUUACAUCGCGGGCCUCCUCACCGGCAGGCCCAACUCCAAGGCCACCGGCCCAGACGGCGAGACCAUGGACGCCGCCGAAGCCUUCCGCCGCGCAGGGAUCGACUCUGGCUUCUUCGAGUUGCAGCCUAAAGAAGGGCUCGCUCUGGUCAACGGCACGGCCGUUGGGUCUGGUCUGGCAUCCAUGGUUCUGUUCGAGGCCAACGUGCUCUCUGUUCUCUCCGAAAUCUUGUCCGCAGUUUUCGCCGAGGUCAUGAACGGGAAGCCCGAGUUCACCGACCAUUUGACUCACAAGUUGAAGCACCAUCCAGGCCAGAUUGAAGCCGCAGCUAUCAUGGAGCACAUCCUCGACGGAAGUGCUUACAUGAAAGCAGCCAAAAAGCUGCACGAGCAGGACCCGCUGCAGAAGCCGAAGCAGGACCGCUAUGCGCUCAGAACUUCACCGCAGUGGCUCGGCCCGCAGAUUGAAGUCAUAAGGUUUUCGACCAAGUCAAUUGAGAGGGAGAUCAACUCGGUGAACGACAACCCUUUGAUCGAUGUUUCGAGGGGGAAAGCUAUCCACGGUGGCAAUUUCCAGGGGACACCAAUUGGAGUCUCCAUGGACAAUGUCCGCCUGGCGAUUGCUGCAAUUGGGAAGCUGCUGUUUGCACAGAUCAGUGAGCUGGUCAACGACUUCUACAACAACGGGUUGCCAUCGAAUCUCACUGCCAGCAGGAACCCGAGUUUGGACUACGGCUUCAAAGGAGCAGAGAUUGCCAUGGCUUCCUACUGCUCCGAGCUUCAGUACCUUGCUAACCCUGUCACCAGCCAUGUGCAGAGCGCUGAGCAGCACAACCAGGACGUGAACUCGUUGGGGCUGAUCUCUUCGAGGAAGACUGCUGAAUCUGUUGACAUUUUGAAGCUGAUGACAUCCACUUACUUGGUGGCGCUCUGCCAGGCUGUUGACUUGAGGCAUCUGGAGGAGAAUUUGAAGAGUGCGGUGAAGAACACUGUAAGCCAGGUGGCCAAGAGGGUUUUGACUACCGGCUCCAACGGUGAGCUUCACCCGUCGAGGUUCUGCGAGAAGGAUUUGUUGAAGGUGGUUGACCGGGAGUACGUGUUUGCCUACGCUGAUGAUCCCUGCAGCGGAACUUACCCAUUGAUGCAGAAGCUGAGGCAGGUUCUGGUGGAUCACGCGCUGGCCAAUGGCGAGACGGAAAAGAAUGCCAGCACCUCGGUUUUCCAAAAGAUUGGCGCUUUUGAGGAAGAGCUGAAGACCCUUUUGCCCAAAGAAGUGGAGAGUGCAAGGGCGGCGUAUGACAAUGGGACUGCUGCGAUUCCGAACAAGAUAAUGGAGUGCAGAUCUUACCCUCUGUACAAGUUUGUGAGGGAGGAGCUGGGGACGGAGUUGCUCACCGGAGAAAGGGUCCGGUCGCCGGGGGAGGAAUUCGAUAAGGUGUUCACUGCUCUGUGCGAGGGGAAGAUCAUUGAUCCGAUGAUGGCGUGCCUCGAGGAAUGGAACGGUGCCCCUCUUCCAAUUUGUUAGAAAUGGUCCAUGAAAGGGUUCUUUUAGUCAGUGGUUUGGCCAGUUUUAAUUUCGCUUGGGAUUAUUUUCCUUCUUUGGUUUCUUGCUUCAUCCCCUUUUGUGGAAUUUAAAAUUAUUCUGCAUCCAUGUAGCGUCCAUUCGUGAUUGUGUAGUGUAACUUAUAUGUGACAUAAAGGAGGUAAAUGACGAUUUCGAUUAAAGGUUGUUCUAUAAUCGUUUUAAUCAUAUGCUCACUAAUUUGCAUCUAAGGGCUCGUUUGGAGAAUAUGAGUCUAAAUCUAUAGAUUGUCAACAAUCUAAAAAUUCCAACUCUUUGCAUUGUUGAAAAUAGAUUUUAAAAAGUUUGUUGUUUGAUAACUUUGAUUGUUAACGUUCAAUAAAAAUAAAAAUGAUAACUUUAUAUUAAAUAUCAUAUUUAUCCAUAAUAAAAAAUUAGAGUGGUUCGAGAAAUAUUGAAAACUUUGUUGAUAAAUAUAUUUAAUGUGAUAAAUAAAUAAAAGGAAGAGAUAAAGUAGGAGAAAUUUUUUUUUCACGAAUCAAGAUAUAUAAUCUCUUUGAUUAUGAGAGAUAUGAUAUCCACGGAUUUUGGAGAUUUGAAAUAUCUAACACUAAAAUUCAUCAUACAAAAAGAAACAAAAAAACAUAACAUUCUACAAAAUCUAUGGAUUCAGUGAAUCCACGGCCUAAAUCCUGUUCUCCAAUCCAAACGACCCCUAAAUACCAGCGAUGUGUAAAGCCACUGAAAUCUUUGAAGGUCCUAAGUGUAUUUAUUUGAUCAAUAAUGAGCCGUUACAAAGUAAAUCCGGAUGUAUACUAUCAGUUAAUUACAUCUUAGUCCUUCCCAAUUAACCGGUGUCCAAUUAAGUCCCUCCACAUUAUUAUUUAUUUACGUUUCAGUCCAACCAUCACAAGUCCCCUCCUUUUGCUGAAGACUUGUCCUCAACCUCAAGUCUGGAAUGAAGGAAACCUUUGCUUGAAAUCCACCAAAAACUCCAACGAAACAUCCUUUUGUCUUAUUAUGGGACCAUUGCACUAAAAUCUGGGUAACAACAACGGUGGGUCACAACAAAUGGCAGUGGAAGCCACGUUGCAAGUCAAAUGGUGCUUGGUGGAUUUGGUACCUAAAUUCAUUCAAUCAUGAAUUUAAAGAAAAUUUAUUGUUUAAUUGCAUUUUUUUUAUUGGUAGGACCCACGAAUUUUAAGAGCUUGUAAAUCCCACACGUUGAUAUGAGAUUUGGAACAUGCUAUAAUUUCACGAUGACAUUUUACCUAAAUACUCUCCUGAACUUUUAAUAUUUCAAAGUUUUUCUCACAUUUACCUAUUGUACAUUAUAAUUAAUCAAUCAAUUAAUAAUAAAAUAAUAUAAAUAUUCAAUUAAUGUGCAAACAUGAGUAAGAUUUUUAUCCCCUUUCUUGUGUUUUCCUUUGACAUUUUCAUAGAAAGUGUUAUUCUUUGUUCUCCCAAUUCUAUUAUAUGUUACUUUUUCGAAAGGAGGACAAAGAAUUAGUAAUUGAUAUAUGCUAAAAAUUAAACGGAAUUUCACCAUUUAUUAUUAUUGUCUUGUGGCAACAUUAUGCUUAUUAGUAUGUAUUAUCCUUGUUCUGUGUACGUAUCAUAAACAUGACAAACAAAUAAAAAUAGCAUAGUAAU